AUCAUCAAAAAGUCAAAAACUGUCAAUUUCUCAUUAAAAUUGUAAAUUUGCCAAUAUCACAAGAUUAUUUUUAUUAUUUUUUAUACACAGUUUUUGAAUCAUGGUUUGUGACAAGUGCCAGAAGAAAUGUGGCAAAGUGAUUACUCCAGAUCCCUGGAAAAGUGGAGCGAGGAACACGACCGAGUCGGGUGGUAGAAAAAUAAAUGAAAACAAGGCCCUCACUGCAUCCAAAAACAGAUUUAACCCGUACACUACUAAAUUUGAGACGUGCAGGAUCUGCAGACAAAAAGUUCACCAAGUGGGAUCACAUUAUUGCCAGUCGUGUGCUUACAAAAAAGGGAUAUGUGCGAUGUGUGGUAAAAAGAUUAUAAGUACAAAGAACUAUCGACAGUCUGCUGCGUAGUUAAUGGCAUUUUUUACUCGAGGUAAUCGGAAGUUUAGAUAAUUUAAGGUACAGAUGAAUUUGUCCGUUUGGAAAAUGGAAGAAUUUUAUUGUUCUACGUAAAAUUUCAUUAUUAUUUAAAUGAUUUUGCAACUAUUCCAUUACAGAAAAGAAUAGCUACGGAACUAUAUGUUUUUUCAGUUAAUGUUUAUUAAGAUAUCUUGUGUAUAUAUUGUAAAUAGCUUAAGGUGAUCGAUUCUGUAGAUGUAUAUGUAUGGUAACUUUACAGAGAAAAAUAAAAAUUUAGUAUAAAUUGUUUAUUAAAAUUUAUUUUGUUAGAAAAUAUAUACAAUGUUAUUAACCCUUAAAAUGUAUAGAACCAAUCAUAACAAUGCUUAAAUCAUAUAAAAUAUGUAUUUAUUAUUACACUAUGUACAAAUCGUCAACAAUAAACUAUGAAUAAAUCUCGGUAUAUAAAAAUUGUGCUCCAUUAAUUCACAAAAUUAUACAUUUUAAAUAAUUGAUUAAUAUAAUAUAUAGAAAUUUUUUAA